GGCAACACCUGAACACCAGGAAGAACAACUCAGUCUGGUUUCAGCAGCUGCUCGGUUCGGUCAUGGCUGCGUUAACAUUUGUGGUUUUGUUCUCAUUUUCAUGGAUCUUUGUUCUGGCCAAAAAAGAGACACAGGAGGUGACAGUGAAGCCUGGAGAGGACGCCACUCUUGAGUGUUUAGUGGCUCCCACGAUGGAUACAACUGGAUGGGUAUAUUGGGUACAUUGGGAUAGACUUGGCCAGAAGGACAACUUUGUCUUUGUUCGCUAUAGAAACAUCUCAUAUGUAGAGGAAAUGCUUCCACGUUAUCGUGGUGCAGUGGAGAUGAAAGAUCCAGAGCUGAAGGAUGGAGACGCUACUGUGAUUCUGAGGAACGUCGACAUUUCUGACGCUGGAACAUAUGAGUGUCGGGUUUUAUUACUACCUAAGGUCUUGUGUAGGAGAUUCAAACCCGAUCUCAUCAGCACUAUCAGGCUGACAGUGACAGAACGAGGUCACACAGCUGGACACAAGGAGGGAGGAGACAAGAAGGGAGGAGACAAGAAGGGAGGAGACAAGGAGGGAGUAAACACUGAUGGCGGAGACAAGAAAGGAGGAGACAAAAAGGGAGGAGACAAAGAGCCAGUAAACACUCAUGGCGGAGACCAGAAAGGAGGAAAUAAAGAGGAAGGAGACAAGCAGGGAGGUGACCAGGAGGGGGGAGACAAGGAAGGAGGAGACAAGGAGGGAGUAAACACUGAUGGCGGAGACAAGAAAGGAGGAAAUAAAGAGGAAGGAGAUAAGCAGGGAGGUGACCAGGAGGGGGGAGACAAGGAAGGAGGAGACAAGGAGGGAGUAAACACUGAUGGCGGAGACAUGAAAGGAGGAAAUAAAGAGGAAGGAGACAAGCAGGGAGGCGACCAGGAGGGGGGAGACAAGGAAGGAGAUGGAAUAGAUGGAGGAAACAAGGAUGUAAGAAAAGCAGAAGGAAACAGGAGUUUCCUUCAUAGCAGAGAAAAUGUCGGACUAGUCGUUGAUCUGUUACUUGGCGCACUUCUUGUUGCUGUUGUUGUUGUUGCUGUCGUUGUUUUUCGUUUCAUAAUCUGUAGAAAAUAUAAAGUCCUCACAGAGAUUAAUUCAUACUGACCUGCUGCUGAUACAGAAACCGACCAUCUGCAGGUGAAAGGUCUCAGAUCUCAAAAAAGACAAAUCAAACCGAACAACAAGUCACAGGCGAAUAUCUUAUAGUCCACAGGUGAAAACAAAAUAUAUAAAUAACAUGUGAUCAGCUCUAUUAAUAUGAUAUGAUAUAUUUCAGCAUGAGCAGAUAUCGCAGGAAAAGAAAGCACAUCAUCAUUUAAGGUAACUGAUUAUAACUCAAACAGAGUUUGAGUUAUAAUCUGAGCUUCGUGGUGGUCUCACGCCCCCUUUACACCUGGUAUUAAAAUGCGAUCUGACACAGAUCAAAUUUUACCAACUGAGAUAAAUAAAUCCCUGGUAGAACUGCUUUUGUAUUCAUAAAGAAAUGUCUGCUGAUGAAAUAAAGUCAAAUUGUAGUGCGUCUGUUAGCAGAGGAGGUGAGAGCCCAAAUGCAAAACACCGAGAGCAGACUCAGUUCAGGGUAUUUAAACCAAAUGAGAACAGGUAACAGGCUUACACGCAAUUGACUGGAAAGUUACUGGGGGAACAGACACAAGCAAACAGAUCACAAGUAAACUACCACCAACAAGGAACACAGACAGAACUAAGAGCAGACCUGGGUAAAACAACAACCUACACAGUCCAGGAGUAACACUAAGACAUGAAAAUAAAUUAAUGGAUGAAUGAAACCAAAAGCCCGAGAAAUCAAAAUCAAAACACAGGGUAAACAAGACAUGGCUGACAGGCAUGGGUAAGGGUAUACCACGGCCUGUCAUGAGCUAUUGCUUAAUUAUAGAGAUGGCUUUUCACAGGACUUUCAAAAUCCCAGAAAAUUCUGGAAUCAUUUGAACCAUAUACUCAGUAAAAAUAACAAAAACUCAAAUCAAAUUGAUAAUGCCAUUUUUGAUCCUUCGCUUAUUUCCAGUACUUUCAAUCAGCAUUUUUCUUAGUAGUUCAAAAAUCGUAGACUCCAAUGAUACAGCUAGUUCUUCCAGCAUGAUCUUCUCUACUGGUGCAUUCUGUUUUAGAUCAGUCAUGCCUAUUGAUGUUUUUCAUGUCAUUCAUCCAUCCAUUGUCAACCGCUUAUCCUGUGUACAGGGUCGUGGGGGGGCUGGAGUCCAUCCCAGCUGACAUUGGGCGAAAGGCGGGGUACACCCUGGACAGGUCGCCAGUCCAUCGCAGGUUUUUCAUGUCAUUUGUGGGUUAAAAGAAAAUAGCAGUGCAGGUCCUGACGGUCUUGAAGAAAGAUUCAUUAAGUGUUCAUUCAUUCAGAUUAUUUACUGCUUGAGAAGAGAGUCCCCCGAGGAUCCACUUGGGGACCCCUCCUUUUUUCUAUCGUCAAUGAUUUCUCCAAAAUCUGUAAAAAAUUGCUCAGUGCAUCUGUAUGCUGACGAUACAGUUAUUUACGCCUCGGACUCAGAGAUAAAUAAAAAUACAAGACUCCUUACAAGCGGAUUUCAAUUUGGUUCAAAACUGGCUUCACAUGAAUAAAUUGGUAAUAAAUAAAAACAAGUCUGUAAUGUGCUGUUCAGAACAAGGAGCAAUCGUCUUAGUACUUUACACAUGUAUAUUAACUUUGAAUAUGGGUCUCUUGUGGAUGAAGAGGAUCAAUUUACAUAUCUUGGUUUUUGGAUUGACCCUGGACUCAGUUUCAAAUUACAUAUGGGCUACCUUAUAAAUAAAUCUAUGGCUGUUUAAGUUCUCUUUACCUAUCAAUACACUGUUUUACAUUUCAAGCCAGGAAAAUUAUUUUUUCUCAGAUGGUACUGCUGAUUAUUGAUUAUCUUGGUAUUAUCUAUAUGAACAUCACUGACACCAAUCUUAGGCCUCUUAAUGUUGUUUUUAAUUGUCUUUGUAGAUUUGUCUUGAGGUGUUCAUUUAACAACAAGCGUCACAUCACUGCUCUAAGUAUGAGACGCUUAACUGUUUACAGCCUAAAGCAAGAGGGGAAUUUCAAUGGAUAAAGUUUAUUUUAAAAUGUGGUUAUUUUUGCUGUCCUCCACACUUGAAACAAUUUUUAGUUUCUUGUAGAGUUCCAUAUCCACUCAUAUAACAACAUAAUUUGAUUUGCUUUUGGGUUGAAUGAUAGUUGAUUUUCAUUUGUUAUAAUUGAAGUUAUGGGAUUGUUUUAACUUGUUACUUUUCCUUGGAUUAACUGAGGGUGUUGGUGUGGUUGGUGUGGGUAAGAGUGGGUGUGCGAGUUAUAUAUGUGUAUGUGUAUUGUAUGUAGUUUCGUAAUGUUUUGUAGUUGUUCAUUAUAUAUUUGUGUUAUAGGACGCCCUUGAAAAUGAGAUGCUGCAUCUCAAGGGGCUAUCCUUCAAUAAAUUCAAUUAAAUUUUGUGUGAAUUGAUGCUGCAUGCAGGCAGUUUCCUUGACCAUGAUACAUGCUCCAUUAUAUCAGACUGCUCUUUAUGUUUCUUUGUUCAGGUGAUAUUUUAGAUUUUGGGUGAUGGUUUCUGUUUGUUUCUGUUGUAAAGCUCUUUAUUGUUCUGCUUUCAGAUGCCUCUAUUUAAUGUCUCUUUGUUUUUAAUUCGGUCCCUGAUAAUAAUGUAGAUGGUGAAUGGUCUGUGUUUAAUUUGUAUUUCUGGAACA